CAACGAACACGCUGCCAAAUCCAGCAAGUGACCACAUCAGCCUGCAGAGCUCCGCCGGCUGAGGGACUGCUGGCUCACCCAUCGUUAGCUUUUGAUAUAAUCCCACUCGGUGCAUCGGUUUGCCUGAACGGUUUUUAGAGACUGCCUGUUGUAUAUUUUGUCCUGUUCCUGUCGACCAUGGCUGAUCCCAAAUACGCAAAUUUACCAGGAAUUGCUUUUAACGAACCAGACGUGUACGAGACCGGCGACCUUCCCGAGGACGACCAGGCCCAGUUUGAAUCGGAGCUGGAGGAGCUUUGCAGCGACAGCGUAGAGAGGAUUGUGGUCAACCCCAAUGCAGCCUACGACAAGUUCAAGGACAAACACGUCAGCACCAAAGGACUUGACUUCUCUGAUAGAAUCAGUCGAAGCAGGAGAGUGGGAUAUGAGUCAGGAGAGUUUGAAAUCCUUGGUGAGGGCAGUGGCGUGAAGGAGACGCCCCAGCAGAAGUAUCAGCGCCUGGUUAAUGAGAUCCAGGAACUCGCUCAGGAGGUGGACACCAUCCAGGCAGCAGCAAAGGAAAGCAAUGCAGAGGAGCGCCUCACCCCGGUGGUACUGGCUCAGCAGGCGGCGCAGCUCAAACAGCAGCUGGUUUCUGCCCAUCUCGAUUCGCUGCUGGGACCUCAGGCUCACAUCAACCUGGCUGAUCCAGAUGGAGCGCUCGCCAGGCGUCUGCUCACCCAGCUGGAGGCGGCGAAGGGCAGUCGUGGCUGCCCCGCAGGAGAUGGCAAGCCGUCUUCUUCAGCAAAGGGUCCAGAUGGAGUGGUGCUCUACGAGCUGCACAGCAGACCAGAGCAGGAGAAAUUCAACGAGUCUGCCAAGAUGACGGAACUGGAGAAGCGUCUGGCUCAGCUGGAGAUCGCUGUGGGCUCGGGAUCAGACAAGCAGGGACCUCUGAAUGCUGGUGUACAAGGAGCCAGUUUGAUGGAUACAAUUGAGCUCCUGCAGGCAAGGGUCAGCGCGCUGGACUCGGCUACACUGGAUCAAGUGGAGGCAAGACUGCAGAGUGUCCUUGGGAAGAUGAAUGAGAUUGCGAAGCACAAGGCAGCGAUUGAAGAUGCCGAGACACAAAACAAGGUGUCGCAGCUGUAUGAUGUGGUGCAGAAGUGGGAUGCGGUGUCCACCUCCGUUCCUCAGGUGGUGCAGCGGCUCGUUGCUGUGAAGGAGUUACAUGAGCAAGCCAUGCAGUUUGGCCAGCUGCUGACUCACCUGGACACGACUCAGCAGAUGAUCAACAACUCUCUGAAAGACAACAACACCCUGCUAACACAGGUCCAGCAGACGAUGAAGGAAAAUCUGGUGGCUAUUGAAGAGAACUUUGCAGCUCUGGAUCAGAGGAUGAAGAAGCUUUCCAAAUAAACUGUGGCAGAGAUUGAAUCAGUCCAGGAGCGAGUUAAAGAUGGACAGUAAAUAUUUGGUUAGAGAGCACAGGUUGGAAGCGUUUCGGGUGUAACAUGCUUUCUGGACGUCCCUUUCUUGCUCUCGACUCCAGCCUCCGCCUUUUUUCACUAAGUGGAAUGUUAGAAAGUUGACAAGAUGGGAAAAACAAAAAUGAGACCAAAUGUUCUUCAGAUGUCCGCCCUCAUUUCCUCUUCCUUGCACAAAACCGGUGUAAUUUGAAAAUCUCUUUAAUUCCCAAAAUCCUGAAAAUUGCAAUCUCCUGUUAAGCUGAUUAAGUUUUAGAUUUUUAUUCCCAUAGGAGGUUCUCCUAUUUCUUCUGGAGAGUUACACUAAUAGUGGAUUUGUACUGUAACUUUGGAAUAAAUAAAUGAAUCCCAGUUUGGUUGUAAGAUAACAAAAAAAGUCUGCUCUUAAAUGUAAUAAAUUAAGACCUAUUGUCCUUUAUUAUUGUAUCAGAAGCAUGCUGGUGUGGGUAUGAUGCGGAAGGAGAGCUUGUAAAUAUGCCGGUGUACCUUGUUUCUUCACACUCGGUCGCUUGUAACUAUAUUAUUAAGACCGAGCCUCGACAGACAAACUUUUAAUCUGCUUUCUCGUUGCUUACAACUCUGCUGUUCAUCUGUGGUCACUGAAGCUGAUCAAUAAAUCAAACUGUCAUAAA